CUUCGGGGAGGAUUCCACUCCCUUCCAGCGCCGCUGCGACCCCAUCCCAACCCUGUCCCCGCGCCAGCGUCGCAGCUUGGCCGCGCUGCUCAUCUGCGAGCGAGCGAGAGAGAGAAAGCGAGAUCGCAUGCAUGGGCAGUAGAGCGAGGGAGGGUGAAAUUCCUGCUCCUGCUCUACUCCGCCAGGAUGACGGUUCUCGGAUGCAAAUAUGCAGGGUGGGGGGGGUUGUCCACUUCGGAUGCUGGAAAAAGAGAUCGCGUCUGCACGCAACUUGCAGUUGAUAGCCCACUUGAUAUCCUUUCUAGGCAGCGAAGAUAUUAAUGCGAUCUGGGAGCGAUUUCAACUUCUGAUGGAGCGGGGAGACCACGCGUUUCUAUUUUCCAGAUUUAUAUCUCUGAGAUGGCGGAAUCCACCAUUCACUGGCGUCACACUUUGUCUCACUUCAGCUUUUCCCCUCCACUUGGGCAAAUCGCAGGUGCACAAUGAAGGAGGCGUGAUGUUUGCGGGGCUGGCAGAGAAGGCCUGGGGUGGCGCCGACGAGAGGGCCGCAGAAGCUGCAUAUGAAUUGGCGUGGGAGGAGUUACAUGGAGCACCUUGGCAGAGUGUGUCUCUGGUGUGGCGUGAUGCCUUCUCUCUCUCCUGCUUGUCCUUGGCGUCUUGCCAUCACAAUGCUAACCGGCCCAUAGAAGCUCUAAAAAUCCUGGAUCUUGGAGUGAUUAUGGGAGGCCCACAAUUUCGCACGGAACUUGAAAACGCUUUACACAGCAUCAGCUCAGUCACAGGUAUAUUGAAGCCCUUUACCUAUUUCUGCUAAUCUACCUCAAAAAUGCAUAAUUGGGAUAGAGUGAUUUGGAACAAGAAGCUGUGUCAGGAACAGUCUUUCAGCGACAUCGCUUGCCACGAAGUGUGGAAACUGUCUCUUAGUGGCGUUCUUAUAACCACCCAGGCGGCAGAAUGAAUCAACGCAAAGCUAUUCGCCUAAAGCCUCUCGUACGCCCUACUCAUGCACUGUACACAUUCUUUGCCGCUCCAGGCAGCUCGCCACCUAUUACCGGCGUAGCUCGCGAUCAAUUAUAUAAAUUCAUGAAAAGUGGACUCGAAACCCUACUGCGAGACGAAGUCUAGAGAGGGGCAAGUGAAUCUCCAUUUGAUUCAAAGGCACGUCUGACAGCAGGAUGCUUGCGCUAAUCCAUAUGAAACAUCCACAGCCGCUUCAAGCCGACUCCGAUCACGAUUCCCAUGGUAUAAGAAACCUGUUCACACUGUCUUAAUCACGAAUCUUACCAGCUGGAGGUCCCUCUGACACCUCCAGCAGCAAUUCAUUCAUCUGGGGAAAGCCAGCACCAAUUAUUGUGCGAACCAGGCAAACGGAACCCAGCACCAUCCAUCAUACGCAUGCGCCGACAAUGGCUUCUGCUGCGACCUGGCUCCAUCAGCUGCGGGUAAAACUGAUUCAUCUCUGCUGACAUGGGGAUUCAGCAUCGUGUUACCCCCCCCUGCCUUCAAGGUCGAGGAGGAAUCAUUUACCACCCGAGCAGGCGAGUACUGUCAAUCACCUCCACAAAUGGGGUUCACCAGAAAAACUCCCCGUGAAUGAAUGUCACCUCUGAAUUAUCAAACAAAGGAGCAACAAAGUAAUUUCUUUCUUGUUGGGUGGAGAGACACCACCAGUGACUCGAAAUUGGGGCUUUCUGGGUGUGGGACGGAUCGUCCGUCAACGCCAACAAAUGCGAGCGCAUGCAUUACGAUGCACCUCAGAGUAACAAUGAGAGCACCAAGAAAUAAGCUGCGGAAGGGCUGACAUACAAACUGCGCAUGACGAUGCAUGAGCGCGAGCUUGCUUUGCGUUCCUUUGCUAUGCUUUGCGUGCGCUUGCAUGCAUGCAUGGCUCCGUUGCGAUUGUGGUGGGCACGUUGCAAAGUUGUGUGCAUGAGGAGGAGGCGGAGGAGGAGGCAUGUUGAUUGACCUUGUGGAUUUCACGCUGCCUGGUUCUGGGCUGGGGCUGGGCUGCGCUGCAGCAUCGCAGCGUGACUUCAUUCGCCGCCGACGCCGUAGACCAUGCCAGCUUGGAUGCCACGUGUACUUCGUUCUUUGAAGAUUUAGUAAGUCUAGGUUUAGGGUUGCUUUGUUUAUUUGAUUGAUGUGGUUUCACCCAACGUGCUGUCUUAAAUGAGAUCAAUGUUUUUGGUGCUCAUACUUGACAAAUAAUGUAGGAUAUUAUUAUCAUUAU